AUGGACAAGAUCCCACUUAAUUACGAAGCCUCCCAAGGCGAUACCCAUAAGCGAACCACCGAUACAAUACCUCUCGAAGUAGUGCAGUGCCUGGAGAAUGCCCGUUUCGUGAGUUUCCAUCCUCACCGUCCUCGCCGCCAUUCGGAGCCUCCACUCCCCGAGGCCGUCACCGAGCCCUCAAGUUUCGACCUCGAUGAACAAUCGUGCGUGACUGACACCCUCCGCCUCAAGCUCCACCUGGCAACAUGCACAGAUAACGUGCCUCACGUCUCGCUCAUGAACUACACAUACCUCCCCUCGUCGCCGUACUCCUCCACCCCCGCCAUCAUCAUGACCACCAACCCGGCCUCGCGCAAGACGACCAACAUCAUCACCAACCCCAACGUCUCGCUGCUCGUCCACGACUGGAGUUCCCACCGGCCGCCCACUCAAGGUCGCCGCAUGUCCGGCGGCUCUCCGGGCCCCGAGCACCGCUCCAGCCUCGCCUCCCUCCUCCUCAACCUCAACUCGUCGGCCGUGUCCAGCAUCAGCGCCACCAUAGGAGGGGCCGCCCGCCUGGCGCCGCCCGGCUCGGAUGAGGAGAAGUACUUUACCGAACAGCAUCUCGCCAACAACACAUUCGAGGAAGGAGAGGCCAGUUUCCGGCAGGAUAGCAACACGAGCUCCGACGGACGCCGGAGCCGCUUCGUCGCCGGCGAGGAGGUGCGAGUCAUCAUUGUUGAUAUCAAGGACGUCAGGAUCAGCGACUGGAAGGGCACCGUCCGGGAUUGGGCAUUGGUGCCGGAUGCGGGCUUGGUCAGCGGGGCUUGA